CACCGGGAACAGCGACGGUGGCGGCGGCCGGGAUGAGCGUGACCGGGACCCCCGCGGUGGUGUCGGUCUCCAUCAGCAGCAGCCUCAACUCCUUCCGGGCCCUGAAGAGAUAUGCCCGGGGCCUCACUAUCGCCGAGUUCAAGUGCAAGCUGGAACUCGUCGUUGGAAGCCCAGCUUCCUGCAUGGAACUUGAACUCUACACCCCGGACGACAAGUUUAUGAUGAAGCUGGACCGCGAUGAGGCCUUGCUGGGCUCGUACCCGAUUGACGAUGGAUGCCGAAUCCAUGUGAUAGACCGAAGCAGUGCAACAGUCGGGGAAUACGAAGAUGUCUCGAGGGUGGAGAAGUUCCAGAUUUCGGAUACUGAAUACGACAAACGAGCAGACACGGCCCGCUCGUUCAUGAAGCGCAGCAAGCUGGGACAGUACAAUAAGGAGGAAAUGUCGAGGAAGGAGGCCGAGUUAGAGCAGAAGCUGAUGGAGGAGAAAGCCCUGGCUGAGGCCAUUUCCGUGGGGGCCAGGUGUGAAGUGCGAACAUUCGGGCAGCCCAGCAAACGGGGGAUGGUGAUGUACGUGGGCUUAACUGAAUUCAAACCUGGUUACUGGGUUGGGAUCAAGUAUGACGACCCUUUGGGAAAACAUGAUGGCAGCGUCAACGGCAAGCAAUAUUUUGAGUGCGAGCCAAAGUACGGAGCCUUUGUGAAGCCUCAGCAUGUCACCGUGGGGGACUUCCCAGAAGGGGACUAUGGGCUGAACGAUGAAAUGUGAGGGAAGCAGACAGGAGGAGGGAAGCGGAGAGGAUCUCCACGGCCCCUGCUUGCUGGCAGAGCUCCGGUUGCCGCUGUUUCCGCAGAGCACCGCUGCGCUCUGAUCCCAAGUCGGGGGUAGCUUGAGUGAAGCAGAAGAACUGUGUGUUUCGACAUGUUGGUUGUUUGUCCCUUUCCCCUGGUUGUCUCUGUUCAGUAAAGAUGCCUCAUUGCCUGAUUUUUCCAUGCACACCCUUUAGCUCAGUAACGGAGAACCAGAAUGUCUUUGAUUGUGGUAGCCGUUUGGGGGAGGGAGAUAAUGGUGAUAUCUCCCCAAUUUUCCCGUGACAGCGAGUGGAAACUGAGAUUGAGGGUUCUGAACAGAUGUAUAUACAACUCUGGUUUCAAAACAAAACAAAAUCUAAACCGAAUCAUUUUGAUGACUGCUUUUUUUCUCUCCAUUGUGGGUCUUUGUGGUUCUGUUUUGUUUUUGUGCUGCUGGAAGAUGCUAUGUGAUCAUUACAAAUUAAAAGUUUUGGAAAGGGGGGAAUCAGAUACAUUCCAGACAAA